GGCGAGAGGCGGGUGGGGCCUGCCGGGGCGUUGGCCCCCGUCGGCGGCGAGGCGCGGGCUCGGGGCCCGCAGCGGCGUUGGCGUGAGCGGCUCCUUCCCGCAUGGCGGCUCCGCCCGGGGCAGGUGGCGCCUCCUGGGACGGGCCGUGACGGGCGGCGGGGAAGAGGUGGCCGCGGAGACCUCGAGGUUCCCGCCGAGGCGCGCUGGGCGGGUCGGCGCCGCGGGGGCCGGCGCUGCCUGGGAGGCCGUGACAGCGGGGCCGGGUUCGCAGAAGAGCCCGCUUGGCCCUGCCCAGUGUCCGCCUGAGGUGGGGUGUUGGGGCUGCCAGGCAGCCUGGGCCAGCCAUGGCUUUUACCAAUUACAGCAGCCUGAACCGGGCCCAGCUGACCUUCGAGUACCUGCAUACCAACUCAACCACUCAUGAGUUCUUGUUUGGUGCCCUUGCUGAGCUUGUAGAUAAUGCCAGAGAUGCUGAUGCCACGAGAAUAGAUAUUUACACAGAACGGCGAGAGGACCUGCGAGGUCAAUUCAUGCUAUGUUUUUUGGAUGAUGGAGCAGGAAUGGAUUCAAGUGAUGCCGCAAGUGUGAUUCAGUUUGGUAAAUCAUCCAAACGAUCACCAGAAUCAACUCAAAUUGGGCAGUAUGGGAACGGCUUGAAAUCGGGUUCCAUGCGGAUUGGGAAGGAUUUUAUCCUGUUCACUAAGAAAGACACCACUAUGACCUGCCUCUUCCUGUCACGCACAUUUCACGAGGAAGAAGGGAUCGAUGAGGUGAUUGUCCCACUGCCCACCUGGAACACACGUACCCAGGAGCCCAUGACCGAUAAUAUGGAAAAAUUUGCAAUUGAAACUGAGCUCAUUUACAAGUAUUCCCCCUUCAAGUCAGAGCAAGAGGUGAUGGAGCAGUUUAAGAAAAUCCCUGGGGAGAAGGGGACCUUAGUGAUUAUCUUUAAUCUCAAACUGAUGGAUAAUGGGGAGCCAGAGCUGGAUGUGACCUCCGACCCCCGAGAUAUCCAGAUGGCAGAAACCCCCCCUGAAGGAACGAAGCCAGAGCGUCGCUCCUUCCGUGCCUAUGCUGCUGUCCUUUAUAUUGAUCCCAGAAUGAGGAUCUUCAUCCACGGACACAAAGUGCAAACCAAGCGACUUUCCUGUUGCCUCUACAAGCCCAGGAUGUAUAAAUACACUUCAAAUCGCUUCAAGACCCGUGCGGAGCAGGAGGUGAAGAAAGCGGAGCACAUGGCUCGGAUAGCGGAGGAGAAGGCUCGAGAGGCCGAGAGUAAAGCCCGUGCACUAGAACUUCGCCUGGGCGGGGAUCUCACACGAGACUCCAGGGUGACUCUACGGCAAGUCCAGAACACAGCCAUAACCAUGCGUAGAGAGGCUGAUGUCAAGCGGCGGAUCAAGGAGGCAAAGCAGCGGUGUGAAGCUUCAGAGCAGAAGCAGAAGGUGCCCCUGGGAACACUGAAAAAGGACUUCAGAUCACAAGAGGAGAAGCAGAAGCAGCUGACGGAGAAAAUUCGCCAGCAGCAGGAGAAACUGGAGGCUCUGCAGAAAACAACUCCAAUCCGGUCCCAGGCUGACCUGAAGAAAUUGCCUCUGGAAGUGACCACACGGCCUAUCGUGGAGGACUCCCAAUCACUGAGCAGACCUCAACGCCCGCGAUCUCCUCCUUUACCCGAUGUAAUUAAAAAUGCUCCCAGCAGGCCGCCGCCGCCUCCCCCCAAGUCCAUCAGCCAACUGCGAAAGGCCCCCCUGGCUCGGCCAGCCAUCAGCACCCCCAAACUGGCAAGUGUGCUAUCCAGGGAGGAAGCUAGUACUUCCAGGACACAGCAGCAUAUUGUGACUGCGGGAAAGUCAAACAGCACAGUUGUCAGGACUCCUGCCAAACCCAUCCAGGUGGGGAGGCCACCCCCCAUGCUUCUGCAGAAUUCCAUGAGCCAGCGUGAGACUCCCAGCCCCAAAAUUGUAAAGACGCCGGUGCUGAAAAAACCUGCAGCACUCAAACCUCCCCAGGCCUCCAGCAUCCGCAAGAGGACAUUUAACACCGUGGAGGAUGGAGCUGAGGAAGAAGUGGAGCAGAAGAAGGAGAAAACGAAACGGGGCAAAUUUGUGGUAGUGAAAGAGGAGAAGAAGGACUCAAACGAGGUGGUGGUUGAGCUCACAGACAGUGCAGGGGAGGAGGAACUAGCAGAUCUGAAAAAAGCCCAAAAAGACAAAGGGCUGCAUGUGGAGGUACGAGUGAACAAGGCAUGGUUCACAGGCCGUGUCACGGCUGUGGAGAUGGGCAAGCAUGCCAUACGCUGGAAGGUGAAAUUCGAUUACGUACCUACAGACACCACACCGAGAGAUCGCUGGGUAGAGAAGGGCAGUGAGGAUGUACGGUUGAUGAAGCCUCCCUCUCCAGAGCAUCAGAGUCCAGACACACAGCAGGAAGAAGAGGAGGUUGCAGCUGAGCCUUCUACCUCAGACUGUGCCCGAAUUGAGCCAGACACCACCGGUCCCAGCAGCAACCAGGAGACUGUGGAUUUGCUAGUCCAGACACUCCGGAAUUGUUUGCGGUACUUCUUACCUCCAAAUUUUCCCAUCUCCAAGAAGGAGCUGAGUUCCAUGAGUUCAGAAGAAUUGAUGGCUUUUCCUCUGAAAGAAUAUUUCAAACAGUACGAGAUGGGUCUGCAGAACUUGUGCAAUUCCUAUCAGACUCGUGCUGACGCCCGGGCCAAAGCCUGUGAGGAAAACCUCCGCAGCUCAGAGAGAAAACUUAAGGAAACAGAGGAGAAACUGCAGAAGCUGAGGACUAAUAUUGUGGCACUUCUGCAGAAAGUGCAGGAGGACAUCGAUAUUAAUACUGACGAUGAGCUGGAUGCAUAUAUUGAGGACCUGAUCACCAAGGGAGACUGAGCAGUCCCGACCCAGCACUGGCGAGCAGCAUGGAGGAGUUGGUCCCUGUGAUCUCGGAGAUGUGGAGUCCUGCAGUGGAGGGGACCCGAGCAGCGCAUGAAAGGGGAGGGCCGUUCGACUGUGUAUUAUAUUGAUGUGUCGGUGUACAACCUGUUCUUGUGAUUUUACAUGCAAAAGACAUUGGUGCUGUUGGCAGGACAGUUUUUAACAUUGUAGUUCUUCAACUCUCUUCCCUUUGUUUAUAAAUAUUUAUUUUUUAAAAGAAA